ACAUGGCUGGACCACACCAGGGACACCGCUGCUCGUAUUAGGACACAUUCAAGGGGAAACGUCUGUCUGGCUUAUACUUCUGUGAAAGUAUUACGGCUCCGAAGCAGGACUGUUUUCUUCUUUACGACGCGGUGCUUGUCUCAUGUGAAGAUAGACUGAAGAGGGAAUAAUGCACAAAAUCAUAAAGGCGCCGCUGGCCUUUAGCGGACUUAGCCGGUGUUUUAUUACAGAAAAGCAUAUAUCUACUGUAAAAAUCAUCAGGCGGGGAUUGGUAUGUGCAGAUCAAGGGGGAGAUUCGGGGAAGAAUGAGGUUUAUGAUGUAAUUAUAUCCGGGGGAGGCAUGGUUGGAUCUGCAAUGGCUUGUUCUCUAGGCAUGGAUCCCAACUUGGAGGGAAAGAAGAUUCUUCUGCUCGAGGCUGGCAACAAGAAAGUAAUGGACCAGGUCCCAAACGCCUACAGCACCAGAGUCAGCUCAAUCAGUCCAGGCUCGGCCACCCUCCUCAGCGGUAUCGGAGCAUGGGACCACAUCACAAAUAUGAGAUAUAAGCCCUAUAAAAAGAUGCAGGUUUGGGAUGCCUGCUCGGACGCCCUGAUCACGUUCGAUAAGGAGAACCUGGAGGACGAGAUGGCGUACAUUGUGGAGAACGACAUCGUCGUGGCUGCACUCACCAAGCAGCUGGACACUCUGCCUGAAAACGUGCAAGUUAAGUACAGAUCCAAGGUGGUGAAGUAUAAAUGGCCAAUGCCCCACCAGGCGGCGGACUCCGUCCCGUGGGUGCAGGUGACGCUGGCUAACGGCGAGACUCUACAAACCAAGCUGCUGAUUGGUGCCGAUGGGCCCAACUCGAUGGUGCGGCGGGAAUUAGGGAUACCCACAGUCAAGUGGAACUAUGACCAGUCGGCCGUGGUUGCCGUGCUGCACCUAUCGGAGCCCACAGAGAACAAUGUCGCAUGGCAGAGGUUCCUCCCAACAGGACCCAUUGCAAUGUUACCGCUGUCGGACACGGAGAGCUCGCUGGUGUGGUCAACCAGCCACCGGCUCGCGGAGGAGCUGCUGGAGCUGGACGAGGAAAGCUUCGUCGACGCCAUCAACUCUGCCUUCUGGAGUAAUGAGAACCAGUCGGAGCUAAUUGAGACGGCCGGCUCGGUGUUCCGCAGCGCCCUGUCAGUCAUCAUGCCGUCUGCGGGUUCACCUCGGCAGCUUCCUCCAAGCGUUUCAGGGAUCGGCCCGAAGACCCGCGUCAUGUUCCCGCUGGGUAUGGGUCAUGCAUCCGAGUACAUCAGGCACAGAGUUGCACUCAUUGGGGAUGCAGCCCAUCGUGUCCACCCUCUGGCGGGUCAAGGAGCCAACCUGGGAUUUGGGGACGUGGCCUGCCUGACGCAGCUCCUCAGCCAGGCGGCCUUUAACGGGAAGGACCUGGGAGCAAUACAGCACCUGUUGGAAUACGAAACCGAGCGCCAGCGACACAACUUGCCCAUGAUGGCUGCCAUCGACCUCAUGAAACGACUUUACUCCACUAACGUUGCCCCUGUGGUUCUCCUACGCACUUUCGGUCUGCAGGCCACCAACAUGCUCCCGACUCUAAAAGAGCAGAUCAUGGCAUUUGCAAGCAAGUGAUGCGUCCGUCAUGCAGUCGUCACAAGUAAUCGACUGUGAGCUUUAACGGAUGUGAAAAUUGUGAACAUUAUUUAAAAAAAAUAAAAAAUAAAAAUAUAGAUUUAUUUUA